AUGAUACGACUAAUAAGAUGGAACAACGUACAAAGUUUAGUGUUUAAACGGUGCUUAUUUGUGCCGAGCAACAGUCUUACCAAUAAACGAAAGAGAAGAAUACCUCCAUCGAAACCCAGAUCAUCGAAUAGGAAAGAUGGAGAUAUCGAGCCAUAUAGAAUGACUGAUCAGAAUCAGACACCAAAUACCGGUUCUAUAGCAAGAUUACCUGCCGAGGUCAAGAAAGAAUUAAAAGAUCUUCGGAGUUUUACAAAAGUCAUCGCACAACAUCUAAAACCAGAACAGGAAAAUGAUUCAUUAACAUCGGCUGAAAAACCAGAUACAUCCCAAUUACCUCCCAUAGAUAUAGAAGAAGCCACUGAUGAUAUUUUCGGAGAAAUUUCAGGUACUAAAAAAUUGUCGGCAAAUGCAGUGCCACCACCACCUCCACCACCUGGCUUAGAUAUCCCCGAUGAAAUCAAAGAACGUUUAGGGUUAUUAUCAGAACUUUUAGUGCCAGCGAAAACCAGUAAUAACAAGUUACCCGAGAAACAGGUGGAAAAUAAUUGGAAAUUAUUAUUAUCACAACUAGAUCAAGCUGGAGGUUUAUCUGGGUUAUCUAAACGAAGUGUUUCUAAAUUUUUCCUGAAAAUCCCACCUAAAAACUUGAAAAACUUGAUUCCUAUGAUUGAGAACAUGUACAAUAAAGCAGAAAUGAGUAUACCUCAUCCAAUAUAUUAUAUGUUUGUCCGUUCAUUAACUUUAGGGGAUAAAAUCUCCGAUUCUCAAAUGCAAUUGAUUAACAAAUAUUUCCAAGAAAUAUCAAAACAAACAGAUUUGAAAAUUGACCAUUAUGAAACAAUGAUACUUGCAUACGUGAAAAACAACCAUAUGGAGAAGAUUGAUGGAAUUUUGGCACAGAUGAAAAAGAAAAACAUUGAAAUUCUGAAAAUGAUUUAUACAUCCAUAGUUAGGGGUUACAUUUUUUAUCAAAAAGAUCACCAAAGGGCAUUGGAUACGUUUGAUUCGAUGAAAUUCUUAUCUCAGAAAACCCAACCAGACGAAAAAGUGUAUACCGAUGUUAUAGUUUCCUGUGUUAUGCAUCGAGAGAUUGAAAGAGCAUUGGACUUGUAUUACGAACUCAAAGAUAAGGGUAUGAAUGUGAAUCAGAAUUUGCUCUCUACAUUAGCUAAGGGAUGUUCAAGACUGAAACAGUUUAAAACUCAAGCAUGGAACUUUUUGUUUCAAGUUUAUGAUCAUGGAUGGGUUCCAAAUUUGCAAACAUAUGAACAUAUGCUUUAUAUUGCUGCAAGAGAUGGAGAUGUCGAAUUAACAAGAGUACUUUUUUAUAAAAUGCUUCAAACAAAUUCAGUUACUAUCCGAGCAUUUAGAUAUUUGAUUUUGUCCUAUUCCAAAUAUGUCCCACCACAUAAGAGAAAGGAAAAACAUUUGAUCUUAUUAAAUCAUAAGGGUCAGUUGUUUAGACAGAAUAUUUUACAAGAUGUUGAUUUUAGUAAACCUGUACAUGGAUUCCCCUUCUUGCCAUCUUCACAUAUCCCAGACUCGAAAUUUGUUUUGGCUGAAUCAAGUGCUAUUUGGGCACAUACAGUUAUGAACAAUCCAUCCUUUUUAAGACAACAAACAUUGGUUGCCUCAUAUGUAUCUAUUGCUCUUGAACUUGGCGAUUUUACUGAAUUUAAAGACCGAUUCGACAGUGCCUCAUAUUUGAAUACUGAUGGAAUACCAAAAGUAAGAGAAAUAGAAAUUAUAGAACCCCGGCAAGAUGAACCAACCGAAAAAGCAACCACUACCGAGGAACAAAAUGCGCUGAGUGAGACUGACAACAACAGUUUAAUCAGAUCGCCAAUUCUUAACCAACUUCAACAAAAUAUCAACGAUAAUCAAUUUAAGGCACCGCGUGAUUCAUAUCUUUAUAAUCUUGCCAUUAAAGCAGCAGGUAAAUUUAAGAAUUAUGGAUUUGCACAGGAAAUACUUCAUGAAAGAGGACAAUUUAGAAAAUCUAAUAGUUUUAAAUUAUUAUCACCAAAGCAGCAAAAUCAAGAUGAUUUCCAAUUUGCUGGAUAUUUAGUGGAAUGUUGGACAAAUAUGAAUUUAUUAGAGGAUGCUUAUGCAGUUGUAUUACUGUCAGUGGAUCGUUUCCCAUGGAGUUGGCGUGAAUUAGGUGUUCUCAAUAAUGCUGCUAUGAAACUUGGUAGUUUGGAAUUGGCAGAAGCUGUAAGAAAAGUGGCGCAAGUGACUCAAGUCAAACAUCAUGGAAAAAUAAAACGACAGGAUUUCAAAACCUACGUUAUGAAACGUGGAUACUAA